CUUGGGGCCCGGGCUGCUCCGGAGGAGGCUCUGCCUCAUUGCUCCCCGCCCCGGGCGGGUGACCGGAGCCUCGCCUCGGGCUGGAGGCAGCCAGGAGCGCGUAGUGUUUGUUUUAAUGGGGUCCCCGGAGGCCGUAGUGCCCGUGCAGCCUGCUCUCCCUUUUACAUGCGCCCUGAAUUGGUUCACUGCGUUUUUUAAGUGAAAUGUACUGAUCUCAAAAUCAAUCAGCUGAGGGCCCUUAAUGAUUCUGUAGAAAGCUGCUGUUGAUUACUUAAUUUUUUACACCCCCCCACUUUAACUUUAGCUGGAUCUAUGUAUUUCUAGCUUGCUACCGGGAGCUGAGAUCUCUACCAUAGGUAACAGAGCAAACAACUACUGUCUUUUUGCCCCACGUCAAUGCCCUUUGUAUUGUUUGGCACCUCCCUAUUUGUGCCUAAAGGGUGUUUGUGAGCAUAGGUUUUAUUCCAAGUUGCUGAUUUAAAAUAAAUAAAUAAAUAAAUGCUAUAGGGUUUGGAGCCAAUCUCUGCGGUACCCCAUUAGAAACACUUAAGAAAAUCUUCUCUGGUGCUUAUCUCAGGGAUUUCUGCUUUGAGGGUUAUUACAAGAGGACUAAAAGUGCAUUAAAUAUAGGAUGAUGAGUUCAGUCCCCUGUAAUUAAUGUCGAAACGUUACAGAAGCUCCUGUGCUUCUGUGAUGAUUUAUUUCCAUAUUGUAAUUUAAAUUCUGAAAGGUUGAGAUAAUAUAUGGAAAUGAAUUGUCUCUGUAUUCACGCAACUUCCACUGCCAAACUUCGAGGUGAGCUGGAGCUUUCCUGGGACUCAGAUUUUGAAGCCAAAUGGGAGCUGCUGGUCCUCGUUGGGGGGCUGAGCCCUGGCUAUGUGUCAGAGCACCUUCUGCACAUUGCCACGCACCAGCUGUGCUCGUGCCUCCCCUUUGCCCUUGUGCCUUCAGGUGUGGGCAGAGUUGUGUGAGGUUAUUGGAGCUUGUUUAAUACACCUGCAUACAGCAGUGGGUCAUAUUAAAAAAUAAAACGAAUGUCUUCAAUCAGCAUUGCUAAUGAGAUUGGCAGCAGGGAGCAUGGCAAGUUGGAGAUGGCAUCUUCAGUGCAGCUAGCAGUGUGGAGUUCUGCCUGUCUUCAUGCUGUGGUUGUGCCAAUGGGGCCCUGCUGCCGUUUGUGUUCCUGGCAGAGAGGUGUGGGGUGCAGCCAUCCCUGUGACUUGUGGUUGUAAAAGCGUAUGGCAGGUGAUAGAAUAUAACCCAUACCAACCCCACAGCCCUCUGUCGGCUCUUUACCAGUAGCUUCAUUUAUUGCCCUUCAUUCUCUUCCUCACAGCUGUGUUUGAUUUAAAGCAGAAUAAAACUGAGCAUCUAAAUAAAUAAAACUGAAUUACCCUGCAGCAGGUGACAAUCUGCCCCUGCAGAUCCCUUUUCCAGGGUUCUGCCCAGUUACUUACUGAUCUGGCAGCCAGGAAAUGGAGCUGUUUUCUUUAAGCCUUGGUAGUGUUAGCAGGACUGUCUGGCAUGGCUUCAACUGGGAACUAUGAAAACCUGAUUGUUAGCUCAUUUUUUUUAAUCUUUCACUUUGAAUGGUAAAACCACUGUCAGAGCAGUAGCUCUGCCGGUGCUGUGGUCUGCAGCGUUUGAUAUGCUUCCAGCACUGCUCUUACAAGACAUUUAGUGAAAAAUGGAUGUGGGUCAUUGUACAGAGCGUUAACAUGACCUGGGCCAGCCAGAUCCUUUGGCUUUGAAUAUGUGAGCAUCCAUCUGUGAAAUGUGAUCAGGAGUCACUGCAUUAGGGUAUGUUUUUUUUCCUUUCUGUGCGUAGGGUCAAAGGAAGAAGUGUGUGUGCUCUGUAACAGCGUCUGACUAGUUAGAUUUGAUUCCAGCUAGUAGCAAUUCAAUAGAUGUUGUCCAGGCUGGUACUGUGCACAUUUGAAAUAAAAUGUUAUUAUGAAGCUCUCUGGGUGCUGCUUGCCUGGCCUGUAGCUACAGGCUUCGGCGUUUCAGGUUGAGGAGGAGCUGAAGGAGCAGCAGAGGAGGAAGGCAGUGAGGCUGAGGCACUUCCAGGGAGAGGUGAAGCAGCGGGUGAACCAGCAGGUCAAGAUGAGGAGAAAGCAGCAGCUGCAGAGGUCCUGCGAAGCGGCAGAGAAGGAGAGCAACCUCGCCAUGCAGUGCUUGGGCUCGGUGCUGCGCCUGACACCCAAGAAGAACACGUGUGUGUUCCGGAGCCGCCCUGUCUCUGCCAUCUGCAGCCCCAGUACCCACGCUGCCCUGGCACAGUGGCAGGAGCAGGGGGUGCCCAGCGAGCCCUUCCAGCAGCAAGCUGCCCAGCUUAGCAAAGCCAUGAGACAAGUUCGGCGCAGGCUGGCGUCCUGUCGGACAGUGCCCAUAGGUGCGGGGCCCCCAGAGCUCCCCGGCGGCACGUGGAGGCUUGGCAAGAAGCCAGACGUGAGUGGGGCAGCUGGGCCAGGGGAAUCAGUGCUGUAUGCCCCAGUGCCCACAGAAGAUGAGAAUGAGAAGCUUAUUCUAGCAGGACAUCAUGAUCUUCCAGCCGAACUGCAAGACCAGAUGACAGCCCCGCAUCAGGCUGAGCAAGAUGGUGAUUUCUACAUCAAAAUGGAAUUUGGAAAAUUCUGUGAUGGAUCAGCAGAGGAUUUGAGCCCACCUGAGUCUCUGCAGAGAACGACCCUUGGUUGUCGAGCUCCCCUUGUCCUCUGGACUGGCAUAGACCAAGAGGAAAGCAAGAAGCAGCGUCGGAACGAGUACCUGAGGUGCAGGCGCCUCUUCAUGAGCAUUGAGCGAGAGCAAGUGAAGGAGCAGCAGCGGCAAAAGGAGCGGCAGAAGAGGAUUGCUGAGAUUAAGAGCAAGAAGGAGAACCAGCGCCAGGUGGAGGAGCAGAGGAUGCAGGAGGUGGCUGAGCAGCAAGAACCCUUCCUGGGGGAAGGUGUCUGUGAAGUUCUGGCCCAGCUUGAACUGGAGGAGAGGAGGCUAAAGAAGGUCAAGCAAAAAGAACAGCGAAAUAAGGAGUACACAAGGUAUGUUGAAGCUUUAAGAGCCGAGGUGAAGGAGAAGAUGAAGCUGUACAAUAUCGACUUGCCUCCCCUGUGCUCCUGCAGCUCUGACUUCUGGGAGUCCCACCCCGAUACCUGUGCCAACAACUGCAUCUUCUACAAAAACCACAAAGCAUACAGCCACGCGCUGCAGUCUGUCAUCUCAUCUUGUGACCUGGUGGAUGGAAGGAUGAAGCUGCCCUUCCACCACCUCGCUGUCCUCUGCACCUGCCCUGCAAAGCACCUGUGAGGAGGCAUGUCCCCGCAGUCAGGGAGCAAUGGCAGGUGCUGCGGUGUCCCAGCACCAGAGCUGCACUGUGCUGGUGCAUUUUGCUGCUGCUUGUGCUCAGGUUUGAACUGCACAUCUUGGACUUGGUGCAGUUGACUAUUGCACAAGGCAAGGGCAAGUGUGAAGGAGCAGAUUGCUCUGUGGCCUUGGUUAGAGUCAAGCACUUGGAUUUUAGCGUUCAACUGCAGAAUAAACUUUGCAGCAUGGGUGA